GCUGUGGUUGUUAUGGAAACGGAACCUUUUUUUUUUAAUGCCUCGUCCUCCGUGGAAGUUUUAAAGCGCCUGAAGAGAAGCAAAUAACCGACAAGGGUCGAUUUUCGAAGCGACAACUCGAACAUUGGCGAGCUUUUGUUGUUGUUGUUGUUCGAUGCUGUUGCUAACGAGCGGCGGCUAAAGUCACUCAAUGGAGUCGGAGCGGACCCGGAAAAAAAAGCAAGCAAACAGAAGCAAUGGCAACGUCCUGUUUCUCACCCCCACGGUCAACAGUUGCAAUUUGCGCCUGAAGACGGUCAGAUCGCUCCCGGAGAGAGGCCAGUGCCUGGCGAGAUGGAAUACACCGGUUACCUCUCAUGAUUUUUUAAAGGACCCCUGCCUGAUUGUCACAGCAAUAAAUCCUCCUCUUCCAGAGCCACUGCAAGGCGGCGCCCCCUGCGGGUUGCCCGCAUUCUCAUUUACAGGAAAUGACGGCCGCCACCAACACAGCAGGCCCACUCACAGUGCGGACGCAAGGCACUGCCGCCACGCCUCACUCCCCCCCAAGCCAGCGGGUGUGUCCGCAGCGUGUCAUUCCAACGCCACAUCUGGGUUCCCCCUCAUUCACUUCCAUUGGGACGGCGCUCUAUCCAAUUUUCAACGCAUUGACCUGGACAGGCGGUGUCUGCAAGAGUGCCCUCACCUCGGCGUCAUGGACCAGCUGCAAGUUCUCAACCUGCAGCACAACCUGAUCGCCAGCAUCAGCCGUCUGUCGCUGCUGCAGCAGCUGGUGGUCCUCAACUUGUACGACAACCACAUCUCGGACAUGAGCGGCAUCGAAACCCUCGUCUCCCUCAGGAUCCUCAAUCUGGGGAAUAACAGGAUCCAUAAAAUAUCCUGCCUGGAUAGCCUACAUGAACUCAACAUCCUGGAUUUGCAUCACAAUCAGAUCUGCAAGAUGGAGAACCUGAACCACCUGAGGGAGCUGCAGGUGUUGAACUUGGCAGGAAACAACAUCUCCAAAGUGGAGAACCUACAAGGCAUGGACUGUUUAACGGAACUCAACCUACGACACAACUGCAUCUCAUUGGUGACCGAGGUGGACCGCCUGCCCCGCUUGCAGCGCCUCUUUCUCAGCUGCAACAACAUCACCAGUCUCCAUCAGCUAGGCUGCUCCGGAGAGUCGCGCUCCCUUUCUGAGCUCACCCUGGAUGGGAACCCUGUAGCCCUGGAGACAUGGUACAAGCAGGCCGUCCUGCGCUGUGUGCUUCACCUCCGACAGCUGGACAUGAAGCGCAUCACCGAGGAGGAUCGGCGCAUGGCUGGUGUUCAAGCUCGGAAAGAGGAGGAGAAGAGGAAGGAGAGUCAAAAGCAGACCAUUCAUAAGGAGAAGCGACGUCUAGCCAUCCGUAAUGCGGCUCAGCAGUGGGAGGGUGUCAUCGCCUGCUUGGAACUGCCACCAUCAACAAAUGGCGCCAAAGAAGAGGUCAGCCCGGAGAACAGCCCCGCCCACUGCCCGACGCAGACCAAUGGGCUGCCUCAGGAGCCUUCGUCCGAUGACCCAAGGCGUAUAAGUCCAGGUGCUGGACCAGAACGUGUCAUGUGUGGUGGACCCGAGAACAGAUUCCGCACCAACAGCCGUCCAAACAGCCCAAGAGAUCCAAAGCUCGCAGAGGCAGGCAGCGUCCAGAGUCUGUCCCUGUCGGAAAGUCACCUGGCCGAGCUGGAUGGAGACACCCUGCGGUUGUUCGGACUCGGCGCCCUGGAGGCGCUGGAGAGGAGCUGGGGCGCUCAGACGGCCGGCGCCGUGACCGUCAUCACCUUCCGCUACAUCCAAUUUGACGCCAUCGUACCGACGCUGCCAAAAAUCAGGGUCAAGUUCCCCAAUCUGUUGCAUCUAAUCUUUUUAGAAACCAACAUCAGUCGCCUGCCGCAGCUGGCCGCCCUGGCUCAGGUCAGGCGUCUGGAGCAGCUGACCAUCCACCUGGAAGGAAACCCGGUGGUCAGCCUGGCUCUGUGGCGCUCCUUUGUCAUCUACCGCCUUCACCACUUCAACAUGCAGAAGAUCAACGGCCAGGAGGUCACUAUGAACGACAUCAUCGCCGCAGAGCGCGUUUUCGGCACGCUGGGUCACAUAGCGGCCACCGAGACGCCACGUUGCCGCCUCCUCCUGCUACUAGAGGAGUCCAGGAAGCGCCAGCUGCAAUUCCUGUUGGAGGGGCGUGGCCGGCGGGCGGGGCUGAGCCCUGAGGAGCUGCGAGACAACGGGAAGCUCCUGGGAGAAGGUCUGAGCCGAGCGCUGUUCAACUACCCGAGCCGGGACAGCAACACCGACAGCCCUGAGGAGGGUGCGAUGGAGGCGUCAGAGCGCAUCGCCAUGGUGGAUCAGUACCUCCAGGACCUGGUGCGCAGGGCCUCGGACACCAACCUAAAGGGCGAGGCCCUCCACACGCUGUGGCCCUCCAUGUUCGCCGAGAUGGUGAGGGACUGCGUGCUGGAGAUGAGGGACCGCGCGGCCUUCCGCCAAGCCAGCCUCGCCAAGUGUUCCAAGUGAACUUCACGGUCCAUCUUUAUCCGUAGCAACACACUCUCACCUCUUGACCUUUCCACUUGCGUGACUUUUUUUUGGAGCCUGACAGGUUUAUCUCCUCCAGAUGGAUGUAGACCACUCAAAAGACUCGUGGAUUGAAUGUAUAGGCGGCCGCAUCAUCAGCUUGAAAUGACCACAAUCUUUUUACUUUGUAUAUUUUAGAAUAUACGCAGCUCACUUUCCCGAUAGAAGACGCCGAUGAAGACGUCACUUUAUUUGCACUGGAUUUCCAUAUCCUUCUGCACUUGUAGUAAAAUAAAUUCUCUAUCGACACGCCACUUUGCUA